UGUUAAGCAGGCGGAUUGUUUCCCCAUCGAACGUUCCUGGGCACCUGGACACUGGACUGUCUGGCCCGGGGUCUGUAAUAUUUUACUACUGCCUCAAUCUCUUGCAAGAUCAGUUAGAAAAAGACUGCAUGAGUCGCAACGAAAAUAAAGAUGAUGAAAAUAAAUAGAUAAAAAAGAAAAGGGAAAUUAGCCUCUCAGAAUCUGAGAGAAACUAAAACAAGCUUUAAGCUGACCCACCGCUGACUACUUUUUUCUUCAGAACUUUACUAAUUAAAGCUCUGCUUCUCUUUUGCUUGCUGCUCCUCUUCUUCUCUAUGGUGGGAGAUCGAACCUAACGAUGGAGCCGGAAAUUGUUGGGUUCAGGUUCCACCCUACUCCUCAAGAGUUCAUUAAUUCUCAUCUGAAGCGGAAGCUUCAGAUGAUCCAUGACGAGGAUCGGUGUGUGAUUCCAGAUUUGGAUAUCUAUGGAUAUGAUCCCAGGGACUUGCGUGCCGUGUACAACAAAAAAUCGUGCAGAAGAUCCACCAGCUCGGACAGUUUCUUCUUCUGUCCUCAGAACCACAUGAAUACUAAUUCUGGCAAUUCCAAGAGCUGCAAUCGUGGCAGGAAGGCCGGAAGUGGAUACUGGAAAGAGACCAGUAAGAAACGGGACAUAGAGGACGAGGAGACCGGACAGGUUAUUGGGACCAAAAGGAUCUUCUCCUUUUACUAUGGAAACCAGAAAAAUGCCCGCAAGACCGAAUGGGCCAUGCACGAAUACCACCUAAAUGCAGCAAUUGCAGACAACACCAUCCCAGACCCGACCGCAUUUGUUUUAUGUCACAUAAAGAAGAAGAAGCAUUACAAGAUGGCCUACUCUAGGAAGCAGCAAAGCAAGUCGGAUGAUUCUCCUGCUGAUUUGAGUGCUAGCACUGUUACUCAUGGAGUGACUAAAGGGAUUGAAACGAGAGAAACAAAUUCAGAGCUGCAGCUAUCCCCAUUGAUUAAGGAAGGACUGCAGUUGCAGGACGUGCCAGAGCAAUCGCCGAUCAUUAUCAGUCCUCCCAACGGCAAACUCGAUGACGCAAGUAAUAUUAUUAUGCUUAGUGAUCUCGCAACACCACAAGAUGCUGCUUGUUAUGGAGAAGCGACCAUGUUGUCAGGAUCUCCAGCAACAGCAAUCCGGAGCCCUGGCUGCUCAGAUUAUAUGACGCCAGAAGCAUGGUGGAGCCAAGGGAUUCCCGCACCUAAUGAUGCCGAUGGUGGUCUUUCUCUUGAUGAACUCUUGGACGGGAAUUGAUUUGGACGAGCAUGGAUAUGGUCUUUUAAAUCCGCCCAUCUAUUGUGGUGUUUGAGAAGAGAGUGAUCAUAUUAUAUGAUUUAUAACGUGUGUUUAUCUAUCUGAUUAUGUGCUGGAUGUUUAAUUACAGUGUGCAUUGAACUCUUGGUUUUAACUAAUUAUGUAUGUUAUGAAUUAUGCUAGAUUUGAUUGUGAUCUUGAGCCAGUUGAUAGCAGCAGCAAGCUGUUGCUUAAAGACA